CGAUGGAGGGCUUCUCAACGCGUGAGCACAUACUAUCCCUUGAACCGUGUCUGAAGCUCACCAUCUAUCUACCAGGCUUAUCUUUGUUGCGUCCCGACAGCUAGACAGGGCAAACCAGCGGCGAGAGGACAGAAGCAGUGUCGUCAGCACAAGCGCGUCAUCCACCACCAACAGACAGCGGGACUUCAAUCAUCGAGACUUCACCGUGACUGGUGGUUCCCAUGCUACGAACAGCGCACGCAUGAUCGAACCUGUCCUCGACUCUCAUCAUGCUAGGCUGAACCAGCCACCAACGAUGCCUGUCGAAACUAGCCCUUCAUCAACCUGGAGACAGAAUAUCCCACUUACCGCAUCUUUCAAGCCCCACACCAGCGCCAUCACAACGCAACGACUAAUCAAGAGGCUCAGUCCCAGCACAACCAAAGGCUCAAAGGUCCACGGCUAUUCCAUCAUGUAAGCGCUGUCCUAUGCUCUCCCCCUUCCGUGGAUCCAGUUCCUCAAAGAUUCUCCAUAAAAC